AUGCUUGAAGGAGGGUUGGAAGUGUAUCAACAACUAAAAAAUGGAGAUGACAUCAAUUGGACUGCAGUACUUAUUAAGUCUGGUGCUGGUGCUAUUAAAGGGGCAAUUGCAACAAGUGGACUUGGCACAGUAUACUCAGGACUUGCGAUUGGAGGCACAGGAGCUCUCGAGAAUUUAUUAUACUCAGCGGCUACGGGAGAUAUCAACAAAGAUACAUUAAGUGACUCACUGAUUGGAGGAGGGCUCGAGGGACUUACUUCUGGAGCACAAGAAUGGCUGGGUGGUAAACUGUUCCCAGAAUCGGUGGGUGGUGGAUUGGAUCGAAAAUUUAAAAGUAAAUUUGCUCAAGCGGAAAUCGACGAUUUAUUAUCGAAGAUAUCAGACAGUAUUGAAGAUAAGUUGACGAACAAAAACGACUGGGAUUCUAAGUGA